AUGGAAGCGCCGCAGACCGAGUCGGCGGAUCAACCCUGUCCACGUCCACUGCCACGCCCAGGGCUCCAUGCACCCCAAACAUCGUUUCUGAAAGACGAUCCGGCUAUUGAAAUUGGUUUUACGGGCGCACUUGCGGCGCAGCAUACUGCGGACGAUUUUUCGGUUGGCCCCUUGGUUCUCCGCUCCAUCGCAACUGACCGUGACGAGGCGCAGACCGAUAACCUGCUUGCUUCGGUAACAGUGGAGUAUCAGGAAGAUACAAACUCCGAGAGCCACGAAUUGACCGGACCGGAAGUCCCUGCACCGUGGUCGUUGAUCCCGUUGAGAGAGCGUGAGGUGGUGCUGAAUGCUCUGCAAGCGCAAUGCCAUCCUAUUGAAUGCCUGGCGGGGGAGCGAUACUGGAUCCAGACGCCAUCGCCCGUGGAUAUUGACAUGACUAGGAACUGCAGUUACUGCGGAGGGAUAAUACGUGGUCGAGGCACAGGAGCCUUAAAGAAGGCUCGGUGCGUAAAAUGCGGGCACCUUGGUCGUUCAGAGGGCUGUAUCACCUUCUCCGCCCAUAAAUUCGCAGCACCCGAUGCAAAACUGCAUAAGAUGGCACCUACACCAACAUACAACCCGGGCGCUCGCAAGGCCGUCGUGUUGGAUUGUGAAAUGGUCGGAGUGCUCGGAGCCAGUGGCCGCGAACACAGCGAGGUUGUUCGGUUUAGCGCGGUCGAUUUCCUAAGCGGUGAAGUGAUAAUAGAUUCCUACGUCUCUCCACAGGGACGUGUGACAUCCUGGCGCACGAAGUUCAGCGGCGUCAAUGCAUCCGUUCUCGCGGAGAAGGAGCGGCAGGGCAAGUCAAUAAUGGGCUGGCGAGCUGCGAGGAAUCUUCUGUGGCAGUUUAUUGAUGCGCAAACAAUACUCAUCGGGCACAGUCUUAAUAACGAUCUUGCUGUGCUCGGCAUGGUCCACACCUGCGUGGUUGACUCGGCUAUAAUAACGCGACUUGCGGUGGGUGAGGAUUGCCGGCGACAGUGGGCGCUAAAGACGCUCGUCCGGCAGUUUCUUGACCGGGAUAUCCAAGCUGGGAAUGAUGGUCAUGAUUGCGUUGAAGAUACCUAUGCGACGCGUGAGGUUGUUUUGUGGUGCGUGCGGAAUGCAUCCAAGCUACAGGCCUGGGCUGCCGGUGAGCGGGCAAUCAUUGCGAAGAAACACAAAGAGAAGGAUGCCAUUGUCACAGAUUCCAUUGAGGUGGCAUUCGAGGAAUGA